GCAUCAUCAGCAGUCCCCAUUAAAUGCCUAAUAAUUUUACAAACCAAAAACCCUUUUUCCCUCUCAAUUCCACUUAGGGUUUUCCAUUCUUUUAAUUUCUUUUUUCCUCUCAUGGAUACUCCUCUUGAUCGAAUCGUUUCCACUGGAGAGAGGCCUGUCCACUCAAACAAUUUGACAGAGCAGCAGCUACUUUCAACGGAAGAUGAAAGGAUUGUUUCAGCAAAUCCUUCUCCAGAUGCAGCUGUCAUUGGGCCUCCAAAGGACGUCAAUGAAAAGCCAGAAUCUUCUGAAAGUGGAGAGCUUGGCACUGUCCACUCAUUACAUACUUAUGCUUCCGAUCAACAAAAUCUACUGUAUGGUGGUUAUGGAAAUAUCACUACCACAUCAGAUAGAUAUUCUCAAUAUGCUAAUGCUGACAGGUUGCAUGUAUCUCCGGUUAUCUACAAUGACAAUACCUCCCUAAUGUUCCAUCCUGUUUAUGGCUACAAUCCUGAAAUGGCAUAUGGACAAUACUCUCCAGUUGCUACACCAUUGUCUUCUAUAAUGGUGGAAGGCCAGCUGUACUCUCCACAUCAAAUCCCUUUUUCUCCAACUUAUUACCCGCAGGCUGGUCUGCCAAAUGUACCAGCAAUUCCAGUAUCACCAUCUGAGCUGAUGACAACAGAAAGUAGUGCCGAUAACUUGCUUUUUGGGUCAGGAUCACGUUAUUUUGUACCUUUUGGUGGAUCAUUUGGUGGGGGGAAUGUCUCUGGAAAUCAUGGCUCCAGUUCUUUAACUACUCCAGCAGCUUAUCCUCAACCAAUAGGCAUACUUGGGUCAUAUGAGCAGAAUGUUGGGCAGAUUUCUCAACAAGGAGCAUUUAAUGGAUUUGGACUAAUGCCGAGUUCCUCCCCAGGAGGUUACCCUCAUGGCAUCCCUUAUCAGAACUCUUAUUUUGGUGGUAAUGACCGGAUGCGACCUACUCUUGACAAGGGCAGAAGACGAGAGAGGGACCAGGAAUCAAUUUGCAUUUCUAAUGAUUCACAUGGCAUUGAUCGCAAUCGAGGACCAAGGUUUUCAAAGGUGAAGGGAAAGGGCACCUCUGAACAGAGCUCUUCCUCUAGUAAUAGCAAAAACAACUUCACAGGCUUACAAAUUAAUCUUGAGCUAUACAACCAACCGGACUUUGUCACUGAAUAUGAGAAUGCCAAGUUCUUCAUCAUCAAAUCCUUUAGUGAGGACAAUAUUCACAAAAGUAUCAAGCACAAUGUUUGGGCCAGCACUCCUCAUGGAAAUAAAAAAUUAGAUGCAGCUUAUCAUGAAGCAAACAAGACAAGUGGCAGCUUUCCAAUCUUCCUUUUGUUUUCGGUGAAUGCUAGUGGACACUUCUGUGGGGUGGCUGAGAUGGCAGGACCUGUAGAUUUUGAGAAAGAUGCUGAUUACUGGCAGCAAGAUAGGUGGAGUGGGCAGUUUCCAGUCAAAUGGCAUAUCAUCAAAGAUGUUCCUAACAACCGAUUUCGUCACCUUCUACUUGAAAAUAAUGAUAAUAAGCCUGUGACUCACAGUCGGGAUUCACAGGAGGUGAAAUUAGAAUGGGGUAUUGAGAUGUUGAAAAUUUUCAAGGAGCAUGAUGCGCGUACAUGUAUACUAGAGGAUUUUGACUUUUAUGAUGAGCGGGAGAGGUCUUUGAAGGAAAGGAGGGCUAGACAACAACUUAGCAUAAUGCAAGAUGAUCCAGAUUUGGUUACUGAAAAUUCUGUAAAUCAGAUUUCAGAUAGUUUUGCUCAAGUCCUCCAGUUGGAAAACAUCCCUAAAGAAGCACUAAAUCAUGUGGGUGUUAUCUUAAGAACAGAAUCAACAGAUGCUUCAGUUUCACUUGCUAUUGAUCCCUUAAACCAAACUUCUGAUAGCUUCUCUGUUGCUGUACAAUCAGAAAAUAGAAACAAAGAAAGAUCUGCAGCUGAAACAGGUGGUCAGCAUCAGAAUUGAGCCCCUUGAUAACAAAAAUUACUUUGACACUAGGAGCAGUUAUUUGUAGUUGAUACAGGCAACCAUCUUUAGCAUACUUGCUGUAACGCAACAAACUCCUAGUUCUUUUGGUGAUUCUAUAAUCUUUUUUGUUUACCGACAACAUCAAGGAGGUAUAUCCAGCAUUUGAGGAGUGAAGCUGCCAUCUGACACUGAUUUUUUCUAGUUUGUUUUUGUUAUUUUUGGUCAAGUUUUCAUGGCUGUUGAAAAUUGAUGGAGGUUGGCUAAGGCAGGAAGAGAGUCUUGAUAUCUGAACUUGUGCAUUAUUGUUUGAAUAUGAUCUAGGUUGAAGUUGGUGUUGAGCAGUGACAAGCUGUCAGAUAUAUCCAUGUGGGAGUUGCUUGUGUAUACCAUGCCUGAUGCCUUAUAAGAGGUAAUCCUAGAGUUAUUUUUACCAGUUUUCUGAGGGCUUUUAGUUAAUGCAAGGAUUUGUAAACUUUCCCAAUUUUGGGAGGAAAAGAAAUAAAGAAUUACCUCAAAUGCAUUGUUACAGAAA